AUGUCAGAACAAAUAAAGCUGCUAGGCGUCACUAUAGACAAAAAACUAACUUUUAACGAACACGUCGCAAACGUCUGCAGAAAAGCAACCGGUGUCUACAAGCAGUUGUCCAGAGCAGCCAGAGUGGGCUGGGGCCUAAACCCUGAAGUAAUUAAAACUAUAUAUGUAGCCACCAUUGAACCCAUACUGCUCUACGCUGCCAGCGUCUGGGCGCCGGCCGCGGAGAAGUUGAUGGUGCGAAGGCAAUUGGACGUAGUGCAGCGUGGAGUAGCCCAGAAGAUCUGCAGAGCGUAUAGAACGGUAUCAUUAAACUCAGCUCUGGUGCUGGCCGGGAUACUCCCACUCGACCUACGAGUCCGAGAGGCGGCUGCUCUAUAUGAAGCUAAGAGAGGGGUACCCCGGCCAUCGCUGGGAGACAGAGAGGUCGAAAAGAUGGCCUCAGCAAUUGAGGCACCUCACCCCGCAGACCAAACCACACUGACAUUCAUCAGCCUGGCAGACCAGGAGCAGGUGGACAACAACAGUGGACACGAGAUACGCAUUUUCACUGACGGGAGCAAGAUUGGGGGCAAGGUCGGAGCUGCGCUAUCAAUAUGGAAUAGCGAAGCAGAGAUAAAAUCCCUCAAACUUGCAUUACCAGAAUACUGCACUGUCUACCAGGCUGAAUUACUAGCAAUCUGCAGAGCGACGAGGGUGAUCCUUAGCCGUAAGGAGUCGACUUUUGGAGUCUAUAGCGACUCAAUGGCCGCCCUCCAAACAGUCACUAACCACUGUUGCCUCCAUCCACUAGCCGUAGAAACCAGAGAGAACUUGAGAUUUAUAUCUCUCCAGAACAAGAUUAUCACUCUGUUCUGGAUCAAAGCUCAUGCGGGAUUGGAGGGAAAUGAGAGGGCGGACCAACUAGCAAAGGCGGCUGCUACGGGAUCUAAGAAAAAGCCGGACUACGACCUGUGUCCGAUUUCAUAUGUCAAGCGAAGUAUUCGGAUGACAACGCUUGAUGAGUGGAAUCGUAGAUACACGACCGGCUGCACAGCUUCCAUCACCAAACUGUUUUUCCCAGACGCGAUAGCAGCCUACAGGACAAUACGUAAAAUUAAUAUAGAUAGUGUCACCACGCAGAUUUUCACAGGGCACGGUGGGUUCUCCGAAUACCUGAACCGCUUCAAGUGCAAGGACAACCCAUCGUGCAUCUGUGGAAAUUAA